UCCUCUUCUUCUGCCCCUUGACUCUCUCCUCUAGAACCAACGGUCUCCCCAUGGCUUCUUCAACCACCAACUCCAAGCCCCUCCUUCCCUGGAAGACCCGCCUCUCUCUCUCCAUUGUCUCCGCAGUCACCGACGCCCUUCGCCGUCCUGACGGCACUCUCAACCGUAGUCUCAUGAACUUUUUGGACCGCAAAACCAGCUCCAAUCCAAAUCCCAUUAAAGGUGUUAAAUCCUCCGACGUUACCGUCGACCCCACUCGAAACCUCUGGUUCAGACUUUUCACACCCACGACCUCUAAUUCGGCGUCUCUUCCGGUCAUUGUUUUCUUUCACGGUGGCGGGUUCACGUACCUCUCACCGGCUUCCUUCUCAUACGACGCCGUUUGCAGAGUGUUCGCGCGUAAGUUUUCUGCUAUUGUCAUCUCUGUAAAUUACCGUCUCAUCCCGGAGCAUCGGUAUCCUGCUCAAUACGAAGACGGUUUUGACGUCCUCCAGUUCAUCGACCAAAACAGCGACGCUUUACCCGAUAUUGCUGAUCUGUCCAAGUGCUUCUUGGCGGGUGAUAGCGCCGGCGCGAACUUGGCCCAUAACGUGGCCAUUCGGGUUUGCCGGAGCAGGCUCCAGAAUGUGCGGAUCGUCGGGCAGAUUUCAAUCCAGCCGUUUUUCGGAGGAGAGGAGAGGACGGAAUCGGAGACCCGACUUGUAAACGUGCCGUUGGUCUCGGCCAAGAGGACCGAUUGGAUAUGGAAGGUGUUUCUACCGGAGGGGUGCAACCGAGACCACGAAGCGGUUAACGUGAGCGGGCCGAACGCUGUGGAUAUAUCGGGUAUGGAUUAUCCGGGUACGUUAGUGUUCGUGGGUGGUUUUGACCCGUUGCAGGACUGGCAGAGGAGGUUCUAUGAGUGGUUAAAGAAAUCCGGGAAAGAGGCGGAAUUAAUCGAGUAUCCAGACAGCAUCCAUGCAUUUUAUCUGUUUCCAGAAUUGCCCGAAGCUUCACAGUUAAUUUCCCAAGUGAAGGAUUUCAUCAAUAAGCGCCUGUCCAGACUGUAAUGAAAUAGGAUCGAGCUUAUAAGUUCUUGGCCGCCUCUGUUUUAUGUGAUGUCUUGGUUCCUCUGUUCCUUAAUUUUCAUUUUUGUUCGAUGUUUAUCAUCUCUUGUCACAAACAUCAUCUUCCUCUUGAGCUCUAUUGCCGCAUAUAUAGUGGGAUUUUUAUGCA